AUGCUUGUUGCGCCAUCUAGGAUGUGGUUGUCUCACUUGAACCCCUUCGCAAAACAGGGUCGCAAUCUUUCUGGCAAAGUCAGCCUCUUUCCAAAGAGUUACACGCAGCCUGCACCACCAUCAGAAACUCCGGCCCCUUUAUCACUGUCAUUAGACGUAUUUGACACUAGCCGUUCAAGCCCCAAGCUCAGGGACCUUGAUGGCACCACUUCCAUGAAAGGCUCGAGAGAAGACAGCGAGAUCAUGCGUGCCACAAUGAUGGAUGUGCAGAAGGCCAUCGAGCAGCUUGGGCAUGACAACUGUUAUGGCACUUGCAGCAUCGUAUUCUCAAGUGUCCAGGAGGGCAAUUCGACUGACAACGAGACCGAGACCGACACAGACGCCAAAGGGGACAAUUUCUAUAAGGACGCUCAGCAGAAACUGGCUGAGAAGACAAGACAGCAGGUAGAAGAGGAGAGGGUGCGCGAGGAGGCUGAAAUGCAGAGGCUGACGACAUCAUCAGUGCUCCCGAUCGAGGUGGAAGUCAGUGACAAGAGCAAAGACAAGGAGGAGGAGCAUGAGGUUACUCAGCAUCGGUUAAAGCAUCCCCAUAUCUUGGAGGAAGAAGACGAGGACAAGACAAAACAUUUCUCCCUGCCCAUCUAA